GGUACUAUCUGCAAUGGAAAACUGAGUAGAGUCGAGUCUAUCGAUUUGCGCUAUGGUAGCAUUUUUUUGGCAAGGCAGCAUAGAUUGUCAGAACUCCGGCAACAGUUCAAUAUUUAGUCCUGAUGGUAAGAUGUGGAACAAUGAUGUUGUGUGGUUGUGGACUUGUGUGACUUAUACCAUCUGCGAGGUCACGGUUGCAGUCUGAAGCAGCUUUGAUUUGGAUCACACUACCUUGUUUCUUACGACCCGCUCUUCUCUGCUUCUAAUUGGCUAGUAGUCCUUACCUGGGAACUGUGCAUGUGCAACUCCCAACAAAGAUAGUAAGAUGUGUCACUCUGUAGCUCAUGAGCGGAGUGUACAACACACAGAGAGAAAAGAGGAUCUGCAGCAAUGUGCAGUAGGAGAAAAAUAUGAGCCUGUUCCAGGUCAGCCACAUGUGGAUCAUCUGUAGGUGAAAAUCCCGGCUCUUUGGUGAUUUAUGUAUCUUUUGUUCUAUACCUUUAAACUCAGAAAGCAGCCGGUUUAAUGUUUGUAAUUUACAAUUCUAUUUAUGUUUUAGACAUUUAUCUAACAAUCUUAUCUAGAGCAUAAUGAACAUAAUUUAGUUACAUGAUGCAUCAAGAUGUUGUUGUCUGUUAUGGGAUGAAGAUGACCCUGAUGACCCCUACAGUAACCUUCAGCAGCCAGCAAGUGGUCUCUACCAAACUCUCAAAUCCAGCCAGCAAAUCAGUGGCUGACUACGUGGAAAAGCAGGAAAUAGAAGGAGACACCAAAUUCAAGAUCCAAGUUGUAAAAUAUAUGAAAACAUUGAAACCAAAGAAUCAAGAUAAGACAGCUGUGUAAUAUGUGAAUGUUCUUCUGAUUAUAUUUGGACAAAGUCCUGCAGUUCUUUAAGAUUUCCAAAAUGAUGGCAUUUUUGUUCAAAGGUUUUUGUGAUAUAGGUUGUUUUCCUAAAUAUUGCGAUUGCAGUGUUUGUUUAAACAGGUCCUCAUGUGAAUGCAUUAUUUUCAUAGUCUGAAAAAGCAAGAUUGUGAUUUUGAUACUGAUUGGUACAAUGGCUAGUUAAUAGUGGAUAUACAGGAGAAGGAAACUCAGCAAAGGCUUAUGGUUAUAAUUACCACACACUCCUUGUUUUCAGUGGUGUCCAGUCAUCACCAAAGUAGAGUCUGUUCUGAUUCUCACAAAAUAUUAUGGUAAUGUCAUUAAAACCUCUAAAUCCUUCAUUACAAUAAUAUAUUUGCUAAUUGAAGAGUAAAUAUCCCAGAAGCUUGUAAUACUCUCAUGAACUAGGUUAAAGUUUGAGCAACAUUUAUUCACUUGCAACAAGUGAGAUGUGCUUUUGUCAAAUUAUAACUGCUGUGUGAAGACGACACACUUGUUUCCUUAAAAUGGAGGUGAGUAACAGAAAACUACAAUGAGCUGCAAAGACCGUGCAGCUUUCUAUUUACAAAUUAAGCUCAGGUCUCUAAAUAUGUGGUGAACACAAUAGAAAACAUGUCAGUAUUAGCAGGCUACGUGACACAUGACUCACUAAUCUCACAAAAUGUAAAACCAACACAGGCGAGACUUAACAUUGGUUGAACUCCUGGUGGAUCCAGCUCAAACUGUAGUCUGAACAUGUGACUGUUGACCUGAGAUCUCAUCGUAGACACAUGUAACAUAGAUAUGAGAUGUUUUUGAAGAUUAGAGAGUCUUAAUAUGAACACAGAAGCUUAUGUAGCUGCACUUCCUUUUAUAGAAGUGUUCACAUCUCUGUGAGCGUUUGAGGUUCAUAUAGAGCAGUGCAGUCCCUCCCUUCAGUACAGGAUUUUGUUCUGCCUGUAGCAGUUGCUUCUUGACCAGUAUGGCCAAAUGGAAACUGUGCUUUGUUCUGCUUCUGCCACUAAUGGUGUCUUCUGACAGCGAAGUGACACUUGUAAAAACAAUUGGGGGAGAACCAGAUGUCACUCCAAUAUGCACCAAUGAAACACUGAGUAUCCUCACACUGAUAGUAUGUAAGAUCAGAACAGAGAGGAGCAGGGGAGAAGAGUGUCGUCUGCUGUAUCAACAUGGACAGGACUUUGUGCACGAAUGUGACUCCAGGUUCACACUUAUGACAGAGAAUCAGACUGUGUUUCUGCACCUGACCAGUUUAACACCAGAGGACAGUGGGAACUACACCUGUGAAUGUUCACUUUGGAAAGGAACAUAUAUUCUCCAUCUGAAUAUCACUGUGGAAGAGGAUGAAGACGCCAAAAGUUUAACACAGAUGUCCAUUCCGAGUGCUCUGAUUGGUGUAACUAUAGUCCUCAUUAUGGCUGGAGUUAUUCUGGCAUUUAUCUACAUAGGAAUACGUCAUGGAACACGACUGAAACCACUGAGCAGUAAUCCAAAUAUGGAGCCACACGACAUCGAGCCGUACAGCACCUUCAUGCAGAGAGAGAGCGGGCUUUAUUCAACUGUCAGACUGCAUGUCGCUAACACUAAUACUAAUAAUUCAAACACAUUUACAUAAGAGGACACACAUGCCAGGAAGUCUUUGUAGAGCUCCAGUUAUACUGGAGUAUAGUAGGUACCCAUGUGAAACAGGCUUAUUGUCCACAAGGUGGCACUCUUUUGCUAUGUGACAAGUUCUGUAUUCUUAACAGUGUAUUUCACACACUGAAAUUUUAAUGUGUAAAACUGAGCACAGGGCUGUACACUGAUAUUAUAUGAUACUUUAUUAAUAAGCAGAAUUAACUAAUGAAUAGUAAUGAAUAAUAAAGCAAAUAAAGGUUAAAACAAGUUGUUGCUU